AUGCGAUUCUCAAAAACCCUUCAGUCAUCGCCUCACUCAUACCCGAGUCCAAAUGGCGAACUUAUUGCUACACUCCUCCCCUCGAGCAUCGUCGUACGGGCUGUUCAAUCUUUGGGCAUCUCCCGAACCAUCAAGCUACCGCAAGGCCUUGCUGGUGGUGUAACGAGCUUCGCCUGGUCUCCUGCCUCUACGAAGGUUUUGGUUGCAGUCGCUGACUUGGUACACGUCUUCUCGGUCCGAGAGGGUGAUUUCCAUGGAACUGUCAAGAUUCCUUCGUCAACUACCAAGACCACCCUCGUCAGAUUUGGGGCUACUGAUUGCGAAGUCUGCAUUUGGUCGUCUUUCGGCAUCAAGCUAACUCUAGUUAACUUUGCAUCCUCGAGAGCAGUAGAAAUUACCAACCCUAAAUUUUACAAUGCUACUUCUGCAGCAAAUGGGUAUUCAUUUCGUGCGGGCACCUACCACCUUGCAUUACUCACAAGGUCGGCUGGCAAAGACAUGAUUAGUAUACAUUCGCCAGAGACGAGGGAGAUCGAGCGCUCCUGGUACCCAGAUACCAUCGACGCCCAAGGAUUAGCUUGGACCACGGACGGGAAAUGGUUGGCGGUGUGGGAAUCAUCUGCGCAAGCACCAAGGGUCAUUUUUUACACCUCUGAUGGUCACACAUUCAAGGAUUGGCGAGGCCCUCUCAUGCAUGCCCCUCAUGACAUGGAUCUUUUGCAGGACACAGGCAUCAGAACGGUCUCUCUCAGCCCAGAUAAUCGGCAUGCCGCCAUCGCUAACGGCUCUACCUGCAUAUGCAUUUUAUACACCCCAUCCAUGGCUGAAGCAAUGCGGCUCCAUCACCCCCAAGUUAUCCUGCCCAAAGAUACAUUGCAAAUUUGGCAAGAACAAAAUACCUUCCCAAAUACUGGCUCAUUUUCGACACCGACAUUCGUCCGAGCUACCCAAGCAGUGUCUCCCCAGUGGGCAACCCCAAAUAGUCACCAUGACCUAAUAUUUGGGUGCAAUCUUGCCAAAUUUGACAGCUCUUCGUCCCUCCUAGCCACGAGGUUGGAGGAGGCCCCAGGUACGAUCUGGAUCUGGGAUAUCCCCACUUCCGAUCUUCGGGCUGUACUAAUGUUCCAUGCCAACGUGACAAAAUUAGAAUGGCAUCCUGUGCAGCCGGAGCUUCUCCUUUUGAGGUGCGAGGCUGACAGCAGCUAUGGGGGUCUCGUGUUCGUGUGGGAUCCUCUGAGCUGCGGGCCGCGUCCGAUCGAUAUAACGCACCGAUUCUCAGGAACCGUCAGUGGUAAGACAUACGCCACUUGGUUGACAACCACAGAAUCUGCAGCAAUAUUCUUCACUGACAACUCAACCUGCAUGAUUAUAUCACUUGCAGAUACGGAUGGCGAUGUCCUUCCGUGGCAAGAUAGCUCAGUGCCUAUCGAAUCUAUCAGUCACAAUAGUGACUUAGGUACACGUCUAUCAAGGCCUGCGUCGUUUUCUGACAGCGAUGAAAACAGCAUCGAAAUUGACAGCGAUGACUACGCCAGCGGCCCAGACGACACAUUUCAGUUCAGGAAAUUUGUUGGCCGUUAA